AUGUCUGUCCCGCUCCUCGACGUUACCAAGUUUACCUCUGGCACACCUGCCGAACGUGGCCAGUUCUGCCAGGCUCUUGUGGCCAGCUUCCAACGCUAUGGAUUCGUGCGGCCUGUGAACCAUAGCAUUCUAGAGCACGUCAUUGUUGAUAUGUUCACCCGCUCGACCAAUUUCUUUCAGCUAUCACCCGCCCGCAAGAUGGCCAUGGCCCAUCCUCGCGAUCCUAAGCCCCAGCGUGGAUGGAGUCGCGUCGGCGAAAAACGCACCGCCAAGUUAUUUCGGCACGGCGCGAGUGGAUGCGACGAUAUGAUUGAUGCUCGCGAGCACUUCGACCAAGGCUCCCCAUUGGACCAGGAAUGGCCCAAUCUCUAUCCCUCUGAGGACGAUGUGCCUGGUUUUCGCACCACUAUGGAGACUUUCUACUCCAGUUCCCACGCAGUUGCUCAAAUUCUCAUCUUGCCCGCACUGGAAGAGGGUCUUGGACUAGAGUCAGGUGUGCUGACGGGGGUUGGCGGCCUCGAGGCUCGAGACUACGAGACGGGUGAUUGGGUGCCGCUGGCCACCGGGUCUAUCUUCGAGAUGAUUGUGAACAUUAGCGAAACCUUGGAACGCUGGACCAAUGGUCAAGUGCGAGCGGGAGUGCAUCAAGUUACCGUUCUUCCAGCCCUUCAGGGUGAGCUAGAAGAUGAGAAGUUAGUACCAGAACGCUUUUCUACAGCUUUCUUCCUCAAAACAGACCGGAAUGCCUGCGUGGGAGCCUUGCGAUCCUUCGUGUCGGAGCAGUGUCCGGAGCCGUCAUGUCCUCAAACUUCCGCGGACACUGCUCCGACACGAAGGAUCUACUGCAACAUCAUUGAUCUUUGA